CAGCUUCCUUAUUCCUUGGCUGAAUUCAUCAGUAUAUGUUUGAAAUUUCCGAACUGUCUUACUGUGGUGUGAUGGUCUAUCAGUUUGACCAGCUCUGACUGUUUUGGAAACUGGUAGCUGAGUUUUUCUAGAGUUUUCAGCAGGGUUGUAGAUUACAGCUGAUGGUUGGGAGCUUAAUGGAGCAACCUUUCACUUCUUUUAAAAUUUUCACCUAAAAUUAGGAAUUGUGUUAUUCAUUAUUUUCACUGUAGGACACACAGACCUGCCUGUACUACCUUUUCAGUGUUUCGGGAGCACACUCACUGUGGAACGCAUCCAGACGUUUCUGCUAUGUCGUGACAUUUAUGCGCGUGCUUCGAGCUUUGCGUGACCACGGAAACGGAGAAAAACUGUUAUCAAACAUUUCCUUCAGACGCUAGCAGGCUGUCGCAAAACUCACGUUUGACUUAAACCAUCGAGAGUUACUUUAGCAAGAUGGUUGACAGUGCUUCAGCUGGCGAACAGUGCGAGGAUUUUGGUCGUGAAACUUUAGAAUUCAGUAAAGAUUUAGAGAGGAUGACCGAGGAGAUGGAGAAUAUUUCAGUGAAUCUGACUUGGAUGGCGUACGACAUGGUGGUACUGAGGACUGAUCCUCAACUCGCAAAAGCCCUCAAGCGGCUGGAGAACGAAUUCAUCCAGUGUAAAGCUGUUAUCUGCGGCUCCGGAGACAAUCUAGUUAACCAGUGUACAGUUGCAAACCAAAAGACAACCCAAGAGUAGAGGCUGAUUAAAAAAAAAUAAUAAUAAUUUAUUGAUUCUUUUUUUUUUUUUUAUUUCGAUUUAAGCUGCUAGUAAUACAUUGUAAAACACACGUAGGUUUGAUUGACAGCUGUUUGUUACUGAUAUCAAUAAUAAAAAAUAAAAAAAAAAGAAAUUCAGUGUGGUUGAUCAUUUUGUGGCAGAAAUCCGUUUUAGAUUUUUAUCAGAUUUCAAAAUAGUUGGUUUAUUUUUACUUUUAUUUGUUAUCUAUUGCCUUUCAGUGCAGAUUUUGUUCCAUAGGACACAUAUCUAUGGCACUUUUCAUAUACAGUCUCUACACUCUACAUAUAGCAUGAGUGGAUGUGAUAAACAUGUCAGAUUGGGCCAUGCAGAGUUUUAUUGUCUGAUGACAGUGUGAGGUAUUUUUUUUUCUUAUUGC